AUGCUCUUCCAGGAACUUGCCUUACUGCUCACCUGCAUCCUCAUUCCCGCCCAUGGACAGAAAACCCCACCCGAACUCUGCGCGACGGGUGUCCAUGCCAUUCUCAUCCGGGGUCAGGGGCCUGGCGAUCACUUGAAUGUCAUGGUUUCAAUGCAGAACCUUGUUUUACAGCUCAUCCCGGGUUCCAGCAGUGUGGCUCUGCCGUAUGAUCAUGGUGGUCCCGAUCAUAGAGUUGUCGCCGCCGAUGGCGCUCACCUAAUGCAGCAGUAUAUCCGAGACUAUGUCUCCUCAUGUCCUAAAUCGAAGAUCCUUCUCAUGGGGUACUCGCUGGGCGGUAUUGUCAUGAUGGACGGUCUCUGCGGGACUAGUUCCUUAUGGCUGAACCCCGUCUCUGCGAUUGAACCUCAGUAUAACCAAAAUGUGAUUGCGGCUGCCGCAUACGGCGAGGAGACCUUCAUCCCGGGAAUGAAAUGGAAUGCCGGGACCUGUCUCGAUGGAACUGGAGUAAGUUGA